AUUUUAAUGAAGUUCUUCCGACAAUUAAAAACUAUUAUUCACUCGGCAAAUUAUUAUUAUUAUGAUAGAUGGGUACAUGCUUUAACAGUAUGAAAUAUACAUUUAUAAUAUCUCUUAUGCGCUUAAAUACACACGAUUACAUACAUGCACAUCUACAUACAUACGACUAUGUAAGAAGUAUGUACUAGUUGGCACGUGCAAAUGAUAUUUGUUCUUAGACUUAUUGUAGUGGCAACAAAUAUUUUUUUUAGCGAAAUAACAAAUCAUUGAAGAUUUACGGAUGUACUGAAGUGGUGGCGAGAUUUUUAAUAAUGAUAAAUCCAAAAUGUGUGCAGCACGCUUAUAUCCAACAAGCUGAUGAACCAGUAAACAUUGAGAAUAUUAUUCGAGCCGUGCCUCCUACAAACUCUGCCAUAGGAGAAUCGGUCAAAACUAGCAUGAUCGAUCAAGAAGCCCAGUCCCCCAAAUCCACUCACGAUGGCAAUCUUCAAGUGCUAUCAACAAUACAGAAAGAUCUAUCACCAUUGCCCAAAAAACGUAAUACUAUCUCCACGGACGAACUAUUUGAUGCAAAGAGAGUCAAAUUAGACACCAAGUCCCUCAAAACUAAAAGACCUGGCUUGACCGAUGAAAAAUAUGAUGAGACAUCUUAUUACUUUGAAAACGGUCUUCGGAAGGUUUAUCCCUACUUUUUCACGUUCACGACAUUUACAAAAGGGCGUUGGGUUGGCGAGAAAAUCUUAGACGUGUUUGCUCGUGAGUUCCGUGCGCAUCCUGCAGAAGAAUAUAAGCGCAGUAUAGAGACUGGAAAACUAACCGUAAAUUAUGAAAAAGUUCCUGUAGAUUAUAGACUAAAGCACAAUGAUCUACUUGCAAAUAUCGUUCAUAGGCAUGAAGUCCCUGUAAGUCUGCAGUCUAUUACUAUAGUGCACAUGGAUGAAGACAUUGUGGUUGUAAAUAAGCCGGCCUCAAUACCAGUACAUCCGUGUGGUCGGUAUAGACAUAAUACUGUGGUGUUCAUACUGGCAAAGUCGCACAACCUAAAAAAUCUAAGAACUAUACACCGACUAGAUCGUCUUACAUCUGGUCUUCUUAUAUUUGGUCGCACCUCAAAGAAAGCCCGGGAAUUGGAACAACAAAUAAGAAAUAGACAAGUACAAAAGGAAUAUGUUUGUCGCGUGGAAGGUCGUUUUCCCGAUGGGAUAAUUGAAUGCAAUGAACCUAUUCAAGUUGUCAGCUACAAAAUUGGAGUUUGUAGGGUAUCGCCAAACGGCAAAGACUGCAGGACAACGUUCCGAAGAAUUUCUGAAGUUGGUGACUGUAGCAUUGUUCUGUGCAAACCACUCACCGGACGCAUGCACCAAAUAAGAGUACAUCUGCAAUAUUUAGGUUACCCCAUUGUAAAUGAUCCCUUGUACAACCACGAUGUCUUUGGGCCCUCUAAGGGAAGAGGAGGCGACAUUGGAGGAAAAAGUGACGAUCAGCUGAUCAACAAUCUAAUCAAAAUUCAUAAUGCCGAGAAUUGGUUGGGAGUUGAAGAAGGCGGAGAUGUGUUAAUGGAAAAUCCAUUAAAGUGUGAAAUAAAAAAUUCUGUACAAAACGAAGAUUUAAUUGAGAUAGGAGCUCAGAAUUCAAAAAUAACAUCAAUGGUUGCUUCAAUUACAGAAGCUCCCCCCCAGACUGGUCACGCAGAACCAAUCGACCCAUUUGAUUUAAAUAAAACAACAUAUGAUCCACAUUGUCAUGAGUGCAAGGUUAACUAUAGAGAUCCCAAUGCCAAAGAUCUGCUCAUGUACCUGCAUGCUUGGAAAUAUAAGGGUGUCGACUGGGAGUACAGAACAGAGUUGCCGGACUGGGCUUGUAAAGAGCUCAUUGAUUAUGAUACCAUAGACCAGUAGUCGGUACUACCUAUUACUAAACGUACGAAAGAGACAAGCAGCAAGUAAGAAACCAAACGGCUUCGUAAGUGUUGACUACGCACUACAAAACAUGUGGAUGGAUGCGUCCCGACCACUGCUACAUAAACCAACAAAUACAUGUAUUUUAAAACCAAUCAAUCUAUAGUUUUGUAUAAGAUGUUCAAAAAUAGACCAAAAAAGUUAA